UCUGCUCUACAACACUUGGUCUCUUUCAUCGCCAUGCUCACGGUCGCUUCAUAGGUCCCUCUCGCCCGUCCUUGCCGCUGUUUGGAUCCUCUUGUUGCUGUUGUCCGCCGCCCGCCUUCACACCUCUUCUCCGCAUCAUGGCGAUAGGCAACCUCAUAGCCGUGCGCGCGUCGUCGGAGAAAUCGCCCAGCGGCACCGGAGAUCGCUUUGCUCGCACCAUUAUUAUUCUUGCUGGUGUGGCAGCUCUCGUUGCCAGUCUCUUGACCUUUAUCGCCGUUUGGCUACAGACCAAAAACUACCGAAAACCUCUUCUCCAGCGAUAUGUCGUGCGCAUCCUGCUCAUGGUCCCCAUCUACUCGGCCUCAUCUUGGGCUAGUCUGGUAUCCAUCCAGGCCUCCUACUGGAUAGGCCCCCUACGAGAUGUUUACGAGGCCUUUACCAUAUACACCUUCUUUCAGCUCCUCAUAAAUUUCAUCGGCGGCGAACGAGCCCUGAUUGUCCUCAUGACCGGUCGCGCCCCCGUCUCCCACCUCUGGCCUCUGAACCUCGUCCUCCCGAAAGCAGACAUCUCCGACCCCCAUACCUUCCUUAUGAUCAAGCGUGGCAUUCUGCAGUAUACUUGGGUGAAACCACUGCUCUCGCUGGCCGCCAUUGUCAUGAAGGCCCUGGAUGUGUACAAAGAAGGUUAUCUGGGUGUCGACUCUGGAUACCUCUGGAGUGGCAUCAUCUACAAUGUCAGCAUCACCAUCAGUCUUUACGCCCUUGCCAUGUUCUGGGUGUGUAUGGUCCAAGAUCUUAAACCGUUUCGUCCAAUGCCCAAGUUUCUCUGCAUCAAAGGCAUCAUUUUCGCCUCGUACUGGCAAGGGUUCUUCCUUUCCAUUCUGGUUUGGUUGGGCGCCAUUCCUGGCGAUGUUCCCGGUUAUACUGCCGACAAUCUUGCCGCUGCAAUUCAAGAUGCUCUAAUCUGCUUUGAAAUGCCUCUUUUCUCCUUGGCCCAUUGGUAUGCUUUCUCCUGGCACGACUAUGCCGACAACACCAUCUCUGCUGCUCGCUUGCCUGUCAAAUAUGCCCUCCGAGAUGCAUUCGGCCCUCGCGACCUCAUCGAGGAUACCAAGGAUACCUUUGGCGGAAAACACUACGAAUAUCGGUACUUUGACGCAAACGAUAACGUACUCGCUCAUGAAGAAUCUUCAUCGAGAACUGCACGUAUGGCUGAGGGAAUGCGGUACGAAAGAGGUGGCAAGGGGAAAUACUGGAUACCAAAGCCCGGGCACUCGGACCGUGAACCUCUGCUCUCGAAAGUGACUUCGAGCCGAGCCCGCACCAUGAGUCCUGGAGCUCACCGUGCGCUUGAAGCUUCACAGUAUGGAAGUACCAGUGACUAUGAAGAACCAGAGUUGAAUGCCGAAGACGAAAGACUCUUUGACAACGCGCGAGCUCUAGAAUUUGGCGACUGGAAUUACCCGGUUAUCGAAGCCAACCGACCUUCUCGCGAAGACCACAUGUAUGGCAAUCCAUCCAUCAUCACUGGAUCAACGAAUCGUCACCUGCUGCAACCCACUGCGGACAACAAGAAAAGAAGAAAGAGCCGAAUCAAGGACAUCCAGGCUGCAGCCGGAAAGGGAAAGAACCGCAGCGAUUCGAGCAGCACCGGGGGGCCAUCCAACUCUAGCUCCGAUAGGACUGCAAUCAGUAAAUUGAUACGCCAGAAGUCGUCUGAGUCGGCCAGUUCCAAGAAGUCGGAUCACAGUCAACUGGUGAAUCUCGUGGUGGAAGACCAUGAAGCCGAAGAGGUCGAGCGUGUACGAGCGCGCAAAGAGGGCGGCCCGGGCUGGAAUGAAGUGCCUGCCAAACACUAUGUCCAUGCAUAUCCGGAAGAGGGGAGGGAAGAAGAAGUUCGUGAAGGCUUCGAACCUGAUCAUCCGCAACCGGAGAACCCAGAGGCAGUUCACAAUCUCGACUAUCCCUUCACCACAGAAGAAGGCAAACAAAGCGAAGAUAUAUCGCCGCCCAUAAAUGAAGAAGCUAGACGGUGGGAAACACGCGAUCACUCUGGUGGCCCCGCCAAUGAUCACGAAAGAACGAGCCCGCAGUAUGGAAGUUUCAGGGACGAGCACAAUGCCUGGAAUGACCGAGACUGA